UCUCUGUCCAACGUCAUGAUUGUAUUUGUUCAUUGGAUGACGCUUUUUUUAUCUUUCCAAAAAACAUUUGGCGUGGAAAACUGUUUAAAAUCCGGAACAUCUUCAAAAUGUUGCGCAGACUACUAUGUGGUAAAUGGAAACUGCGUUCCUUGUCCAGUCGGACUGUUUGGACCAAACUGUAGUCACAUAUGUCCCUAUCCAUCGUAUGGUCACCGAUGUUUGGAGGGUAUUUGCCAAUGUCCCCGAGAACUGUGUGAUUCAAAGACUGGCUGCAGAAAUCCAUCAAAAGAAAAAGAUAAACCAUCCACCUACUUGGCCUUAGUUACAACAAGAACUGUUCCACAAACGAAACAGAAGGAUGUUCUUGGAAAUUCAAACAAUGGUACUAUACCUACUCAGGGGGAAUUAAAGGUUCUCAAAGAAGCUUCUGCAGAUGAGAAAACCAGUUCUGAUGAGUCUGAAGAUAAUAAAGCCGGUUCUGCCGCGGUGAUGACAGUUAUCUCUAUAAUUGGUGUCCUUAUCGUCUGCUUGCUUAUUGUAGUAAUAGUAUUCCAACUGAAAGGUAAAAUCAAACUGCGAACUCAGAAAUCACAAAACCGAAACUCUCAUAUAAAAAGCCAACGACAUGUGGAUACUUACUGUGAAAUUGACGAAGGUGGAGUGACGGAGGACAAAAUUAAAACACUAUAUAAAUCUGAAAUUUACGAACUUAUCGAUCAAUCAAAGAAAGGUGGAGCAAAGUAUACACCACUUCCGCCAAGGCCAGGUUUAUCAAAAGAGGAAAGAGCGGUGAUGUCCACGGUUUCAAUGCAGAAGAUACUCGAGGAUGACGAUGAUGCUGAUACAGAGGUAGAAAUGAGAAAAGACAAAGGGAAUACUCAAAACCCACCAAAGAGAAUGGGGAAAACCUCCGCCCAAGUCAGUGGAUAUAUUGACAUGAAUAAAGAGACACAAGAGGAGGACUAUGUUCCCAUGUCAGCCGAAAACACUGAAAAAGAUACGUCUUCUAAAGAUACUGUAUAAUAAAACUUGGUUACAAGGAAAAAAAUAUUUGGAAGGAAUUUCUGCUGGAAAGUGCCUCGCUUAGAAUUUGAAUUUAUAUUGU